AUGGCGGACCUUCCGGUGUACGAUGGAGCGAUCGGUAUCGAUCUUGGCACCACCUACUCUUGCGUUGCCAACUACGAGGGCACCAAUGUCGAGAUCAUCGCCAACGACCAGGGUAGCUACACCACCCCGUCUUUCGUUUCCUUCACUGAGAAGGAGCGUUUGAUUGGUGAGGCCGCCAAGAACCAGGCUGCUAUGAACCCUACCAACACCAUCUUCGACAUCAAGCGUCUGAUUGGUCGUCGUUUCGAUGACCCCAUUGUCAAGAAGGAUGUUGAGUCCUGGCCCUUCAAGGUUGUCGAGCAGGGUGCCAGCCAGCCUGCCGUCGAGGUUCAGUACCUCGGUGAGAGCAAGACCUUCACCCCCCAGGAGAUCUCCUCCAUGGUCCUCAUGAAGAUGAAGGAAGUUGCCGAGACCAAGCUCGGCAAGAAGGUUGAGAAGGCCGUCAUCACUGUGCCCGCUUACUUCAACGACAACCAGCGUCAGGCUACCAAGGAUGCCGGUGCCAUUGCCGGCCUGAACGUUCUCCGUAUCAUCAACGAGCCCACCGCUGCUGCUAUCGCCUACGGUCUGGGUUCCGGAAAGUCCGACAAGGAGCGCAACGUCCUGAUCUACGAUCUGGGUGGUGGUACUUUCGAUGUCUCCCUUCUGAACAUCCAGGGUGGUGUUUUCACCGUCAAGGCUACUGCUGGUGACACUCACCUUGGUGGUCAGGACUUCGACACCAACCUGCUUGACUUCUUCAAGAAGGAGUUCCAGCGCAAGACCGGCAAGGACCUCUCCGGUGACGCCCGUGCCCUUCGUCGCCUGCGUACUGCUUGCGAGCGUGCUAAGCGUACCCUGUCCAACGCCACCCAGACUACCGUUGAGAUCGACUCUCUCUUCGAUGGCGAGGACUUCAACACUUCCAUCACCCGUGCCCGUUUCGAGGACCUUAACGCCAAGGCCUUCUCUGGCACCCUUGACCCCGUUCAGCAGGUCCUCAAGGACUCUGGUAUGGAGAAGAAGAAGGUUGACGAGAUCGUCCUUGUUGGUGGUUCUACCCGUAUUCCCCGUAUCCAGAAGCUCCUGAGCGACUUCUUCGACGGCAAGCAGCUCGAGAAGAGCAUCAACCCUGAUGAGGCCGUUGCCUACGGUGCCGCCGUCCAGGCCGGUAUCCUCUCCGGAAAGGCCACCUCCGCUGAGACCCAGGACCUUCUCCUCCUCGACGUUGUCCCCCUUUCCCUCGGUGUUGCCAUGGAGGGUAACAUCUUCGCCCCUGUCGUCAACCGUGGCCAGACUGUCCCCACCAUCAAGAAGCGUACCUUCACCACUGUUGUUGACAACCAGAGCACUGUUCAGUUCCCCGUCUACCAGGGUGAGCGUACCAACUGUGCCGACAACACCUCCCUGGGCGAGUUCACCCUUGCUCCUCUCCCUCCUAUGCGUGCCGGUGAGGCUGCUUUGGAGUGUGUCUUCGAGGUCGACGUCAACGGUAUCUUGAAGGUCACCGCCACUGAGAAGACCUCUGGCCGUUCCGCCAACAUCACCAUCUCCAACGCUGUCGGCAAGCUCUCCAGCUACGAGAUCGACCAGAUGGUUGAGGAUGCUGCCAAGUUCAAGUCCAGCGACGAGGCUUUCACCAAGAAGUUCGAGUCCCGCCAGCAGCUUGAGUCUUACAUCUCCCGCGUUGAGGAGAUUGUCUCCGACCCUGGUAUGUCCAUGAAGCUCAAGCGUGGCAACAAGGAGAAGAUCGAGUCUGCUCUCAGUGACGCUAUGGCCCAGUUGGAGAUUGAGGACUCCACCCCCGAGGACCUCAAGAAGAAGGAGCUGGCCCUCAAGCGCCUGAUCACCAAGGCCAUGGCCACCCGCUAA